GUCCUUGUUGCAGGUGGCUCAUCCCCUCCAACGUCCUGUCCUCUGCAGAGGCUGGAGCAGCCCUGUGGCAUUAAACUUAUAUCUCCCUGCAUUUGGGGCGAGCAGGGACAGGGCUGCACCAUGGAGGUGCAGAGCUGUUGGGGGACAGGCAGCAGAGUGGGUUUGGAGUUGUGGAUGCAGGCACAAACUGAAUGAUGGGGUCAUCCCCACCAUGGGAGCGGGGCCAGCUCCCCUCACCGUGCCUGUGUGCUUGCAGUGCCAUGUGGCUGGGGUCUGGGCGAGGCAGGAGCUGGUGUCGGGAUGGAAGCCAGGCGCGGGGUGGCACGGGAUGCCGGGGCGGAGCAUGGCCCGGGCCGGGCAGAGUCCGUCCGAGGCGGUGGAGCUGGAGGCAGUAUGGCAGCAAGGGGCCUCUGCUGCGGUGGCAACUCCCUGCAGAGAGCAGAUCCACCAGGAGGUGCAGGCCCCUUCCCAAGGCAGUGAGAGAUGCUUUGGAGCAUGUCCAUGAGGAGGUGGUGGCCAGGUACUACGGCUGUGGGCUGGUGAUCCCCGAGUGCCUGUUGUCAUGCCGGAUCCUGGACCUGGGCUGUGGCAGCGGCAGAGACUGCUACCUGCUGAGCCAGCUGGUCGGGGAGCAGGGCCAUGUCACCGGCAUAGACAUGACCGAGGACCAGGUUGAGGUGGCAAAGAAGCACAUUGCCUACCACAUGAAUAAGUUCGGCUACCGAAAGCCGAAUGUGGAGUUCCUCCAUGGCUACAUGGAGAAGCUGGGUGAUGCUGGGCUGGCUGAUGAGAGCUACGAUAUUGUUAUCUCGAACUGCGUGAUCAACCUCACCCCUGACAAGAAGGCUGUGCUGCAGGAGGCCUUCCGUGUGCUGAAGCCCGGGGGAGAGAUGUAUUUCAGCGAUGUCUACGCCAGCCAGCGCCUGAGCGAGACCAUCCGGAAGCACAGGGUGCUGUGGGGGGAGUGCCUGGCAGGAGCCCUGUACUGGAGAGAUCUGUACAGCAUCACUGAGGAGGUAGGGUUCAGCCCCCCGUGCCUGGUCACUGCCAGCCCCAUCACCAUCGGAGACAAGGAGCUGGAGGGCAUCAUCGGAGACUGCCGCUUUGUUUCUGCAACUUUCCGCCUGUUCAAGGUGCCGGGUGGCAGCCGGGCCGGGCCAGGACAGGUCAUCUACAACGGUGGCAUCAUGGGACACGAGCGAGAGCUGGUGUUUGAUGCCAACUUCACUUUCAAGGUGCAGGGAGUCCUGCAAGCAGUCUUGGUCUGUAGGGAUGGGUUAACGCUGAUGAAGCAGUGCCACUCGGGAGUGUCCUCUGUGAUUUGGGGGACAAGCUUUGGUCAAAGGGGUGAUGAGUGGGAGCAGAGGGGCUGUAUAAAUCCAGGGGAGUGCAAAUGGGCAGGAAAGGGUUACAGAUCCAUGCAUUGUAUUGCAGUAAAGGUAGAAGCAGGACAUCCAUGGUGGAUUCCUAAGAGGGUCUGAAGCCCACUGUUUGGUUGUUGUGGGUGUUUCUCUAGAGUUCUGGGCCAAGAUCUGCCCCCACUUUCUCUCCCCCCAUUGUCUGGCUGGGUGGCUGGGGCCCCUUGGGACACAUAUCCAGGACCCCAGCCCUGUGACUGUUCCUCUGCUCCCAGGAAGGAGAGGUGGUGGAUGUGGAUGCCGAGAUGGCUGCAAUCUUGCAGAGCUCCAGGUUUGCAGAGCAGUUCCUGAUCCGAGCUGGGGCCAGUGCCACAGCAGCUCAGGGCAACUGUUGCAAGGGGG